UCAGUUUUGAGUCACGGUUGCAUGUUUAUUAUUGAUCCUUUUCAAGCUUUCAGCCAUGGUAGAGCUUAUAUAAUCACAAAGUUGUUAAAUUUAUGGGAUUCGAUUUGUGGGUAUUUUGGUCCUAUGAUGAAUGAAUGCAUGAAUUAUCAUAAAUUAAAAUGGAACCUCCUGUUUCGAUUCGGCUUGGGAAUGUUCUUUGCUACAUAUGUUGGCUGCGUUUUGUUUGGAUUAAUGUUAACUUCACUUGCUACUAGUGGGGUUCUGAUGAGGUAUUUGGUGGAGGAACCAUUGGAGAUAGAGGAAAUGUUGAACAUCAGUUAUACUAAGAGUAGUCCGGUUGCAUUGGUUCCGAUUGUAUCUUGUGCUGCUGUCGGUUGUGAUUCGAACUGUAUGGAGAAGAUAGUUGUUUGGAAGAAUGUGGGUCCCCGAGUAAUACCGAUGGAUCACAAAUUGAGGGUUACAGUUUCUUUGACAUUGCCAGAGUCAGAGUACAGCAAAAAUCUUGGGAUGUUCCAGGUGAGGGUAGAUUUCCAUUCUAUUAAAGGUGAAACUCUUGCCAGCUCAAGCCAUCCAUGCAUGUUGAAAUUUAGAAGUGAGCCUAUCUGCCUUUUACCGACAUUCUUCAAGGUUGCUCCUCUAAUCACCGGCUACACUUCAGAAGCAGACUUUGAAUCUGAAGAUUAGAGGUUUAAAGGAAGGAACCGUACCUACUGCUUGCCUAAGGGUAAUACUUGAACAACGAGUGGAGUUCAGACCGGGUGCUGGUAUUCCUGAAUUAUACGAUGCGUCCCUUAUCCUUGACUAAGAACUUCCUUUUAUCAAAAGAAU